CUCCACUGUAAUUCUCCACUAGUGUGAAGAAAGACCUGUAGGUUGUUCCUGUAUUUGUGUCGUGUGUGAUGAUAACUUCACAUCAGUUCAGGUAACUCACAUGGAUGCUCUCCUCCUUCCACAGGGGUCAUAAUGUCCCAGGUGAUGUAAGCCCUCUGUCUGCCUCUGAAGCCAAAGAUGAGUGAGGUGCAGGCCACGGUGGAGUUCUCUGUUGAGCUCCACAAGUUCUACAAUGUGGACCUGUUCCAAAGAGGGUUCUACCAGAUCCGUGCCAGUAUGAAGGUGCCACCACGAGUCCCUCACAAAGUAGAGGCCAGUCUACUCCACCCACCAGGUUCUGAUCUGGCCUUCCCUGCAGCUGUGGUCGAUGACGUCAUCUGCAGCAAGACCUUCCAGAUCCUCUAUAAGAACGAGGAGGUGGUUGUCAAUGAUGUGCUGGUGUUCAAAAUCAUGAUGCUGCUGGAUGAGAAGAAGGUAAUGAAGCUAGACUGUAGGCUAAGAUGAGGAAGCUAGACUGUAGGCUAAGAUGAGGAAGCUAGACUGUAGGCUAAGAUGAGGAAGCUAGACUGUAGGCUAAGAUGAGGAAGCUAGACUGUAGGCUAAGAUGAGGAAGCUAGACUGUAGGCUAAGAUGAGGAAGCUAGACUGUAGGCUAAGAUGAGGAAGCUAGACUGUAGGCUAAGAUGAGGAAGCUAGACUAAGACCGUGACCAAUGACCAAGUUGUCGUUGUGCUGGUUAGAAUCAGUUCUGCUAUAGAGGACAAUAGGCUCACUUUCACUGAGGCUCUGGCUAGCCUGUGUUCAAAUGUCCACAGUAGCAUACUACUUACAAUGCCCAAUACAUUGAAUCAUACUGAGUGAGCUUGAGCUGCAUUGCAGUGAUCCAUAUGAUUGGCCAAUUAGAUGCAGGCUAUUUAGACUAGAUAAAUCUAGCUUUAAUGUAGACAAUUUAGCCUAAUAUCUCACAUGGAUAUUGUUCACAAUAGCAUGUUAUAAAAUAAAUAUGUGGUAUGAUGGUAUGGAUAUAUGAAGAGAGACGAGGUAUGAUGGUAUGGAUAUAGGAAGAGAGAUGGGGUAUGAUGGUAUGGAU